AUGAUUAGCGGCAUCGCCCAUGUCAACCUGCUGGUCCCCGCUGGUUCGCUCGAGCUUGCGACCCGCUUCUAUGGCGACACUCUUGGGCUGACUCCCAGGAGAGUCCCAGAGCUGCAAAGGGGUAGAUUGGCUUGGUUUGAUAUUGGCACCUCUGGUCAACAGGUACAUAUUGCAUUUGGUACCAAUGACAAGUCUUCGAGGCAUCCAUGCUUCAAGAUAGAGUCUCCCGAGAGCCUGCUUGCCCUGCGUCAACGCAUCUGGGACCAUUUCAAAUGCGCUGACGAGGCAGCACCUCAGGAGGCGGACGAACCUGGGAAGACCGAUAGUGGUUCCCAAGGCAUCGAGUACCCAUCACGGUUCUUCGCAAGAGACUAUGCAGGUAAUAGAUUGGAGUUCAGUUUGUGA